AUACUUCGGCAUCUUCGUAAUGGUGACAUGAUGCUGAUGAAUCGUCAGCCGUCAUUGCAUAAACCAUCAAUUAUGGGACAUCGAGCAAGGAUAAUAAAGAACCAGCGAGCCAUGAGGUUAAAUUAUGCUCCUUGCAAAGCGUACAAUGCAGAUUUUGAUGGCGAUGAGAUGAAUGGACAUUUUUUGCAAGACUUUGUAGCUCAAACAGAGGCAGCAAAUAUUAUGAACGUUGGUUCAAACUUCUUGGUUCCUAAGGAUGGAACCCCAUUACUUGGUCUCAUUCAAGACCACGUCGUUUCUGGUGUCAAAUUGACAAUCCGUGGGCGCUUUUUUAAUAGGGAGGACUUUAUGUACCUGGUGCUUUCUGCAUUCGCGGAGACACGACAGAGAUUCCGUUUGCCUACUCCUGCAAUUAUCAAACCAAAACUGUUGUGGAGCGGGAAACAGAUAAUCAGUACAGUUCUUAUGAAUUGUAUUCCUGAAGGGAAGCAACUAAUAAACUUGACAAGCAAGGCAAAGACGCCACUGUCUUGUUGGAAAGCACGUGGUGGAGAAAUGCCAGGAUUUAAUAUGAGCGAGUCUGAAGUUGUUUUUAGGAAUGCUGAAUUAUUGGUUGGAGUACUUGAUAAACAGCAUUAUGGUAGCACGCAGUAUGGUUUGGUUCAUUGCUGCUGGGAUCUUUAUGGUGGCAAAUGCGCUACUCGCAUAUUAAGUUGCUUUUCACGUCUGUUCACGACCUUCUUGCAGAUUGAAGGUUUUACACUUGGGGUUGCGGAUAUCCUUGUGAGAAAAGAAGAAGAUAAAAUUAGGACCGGAAUCAUUCGGAGAUUGCGUCGCUGCGGAGACAAAGUGGCCAGAGAAUGUUUCAAAUUGCCUGCUGACACGAAUCAACAAAGUAUAAAAAUGGUGGUUGCUAAUGCUUACUGUAAUCCGCAGCACAACUGCCAGAGUGUGCAACUCUUGGAUUUCAAAAUGAAAGAACUACUGAACACAUUUGGCGAACAGAUAACGAAGACUUGUGUUCCUUCAGGAUUGGUUCGACAGUUUCCCGAAAACGCUUUACAAACAAUGAUUUUGUGUGGCUCUAAAGGAACGAUGGUGAACUCUGUGCAGAUCAGUUGUGGAUUGGGACAAAUUGAGUUAGAAGGGCAUAGACCACCAGUUACAGCAGCCGGAAGAACACUUCCGUCUUUUUUUGCUUUCGAAACCUCGCCAAGAGCUGGCGGCUUCGUGGACCAACGUUUUUUGACAGGGAUUAGUCCUCAAGAACUAUUUUUUCACACAAUGGCUGGAAGAGAAGGUUUAAUAGAUACUGCUGUGAAGACUUCUAGAUCAGGGUAUCUGCAACGGUGUAUUGUAAAACAUUUAGAGGGAUUGGUUGUCAAUUAUGAUUCAACGGUCAGAGAUCACGACAACAGCGUCAUUCAGUUUCGUUAUGGAGAGGACGGAAUGGAUGUUUGUAAAUGCACAUUUUUAAACUCGAAACAGUUAAAAUUUCUGAGCCAGAAUAUGGAUGCAGUACGUAGCAGUGUGAUUCCUUCAUUUGUUUCGGAGCCACUAUGGGAUUCAAAGAAGAGCGAAAAGAUUUACAGAAAGAUUAGAAGAUGGCGAAAAAAAAGUCUGUUAGUUCCUAAAAAAUGUUAUAAUAGCGGAUUCGUAGAAUUUUCGAAGAAGUAUACUGGAACACCCAAACAGGAAAUUACGGCGAUGUGGUUUGGCCUCUCCGAAGAUGAACGGAAUAAAUAUGAACGUUUUGCUGGUGCAGCAUGUCCUAGAAUGAUUGACGAGAAGCUUGAUCCUAACCGCUCCUUAGGAGCGUUACCGGAGAAGAUGCUAGACGAUUUGGAUGAGUUUAUUAAAAACGAAUUGCGAGAGAAUCCGAACUUUCCUUCCACUGAUUUUCGAAGAAUUGUGUAUUGGAAAGGUCUGAGGUCGAAUGCUGAUCCUGGAGAAAAUGUUGGCUUAUUAGCGGCACAGUCAGUUGGGGAGCCGUCAACGCAAAUGACUUUGAAUACCUUUCAUUUUGCUGGUAGAGGUGAAAUGAAUGUCACUUUGGGUAUUCCAAGGCUGCGUGAAAUUUUGAUGACAUCGGGUAGCAAGAUUGGGACUCCCAACGCCGAGAUAUGCGUAAAACCUGACGUUCCCCAGGCAGAAGUUGAUAAAAUUAAACGAGAGCUGGGUAGAGUUUAUUUGAAGCAAGUGAUUAGAAGAAUAACUGUGGAGGAGCGGCUAGAUUUGAGGCAAAGUUCUUCUCGAAACUAUGAUCUUCGGAUUGAAGUCGUUUCCUCAAAAGCUCGACCCUCACAUUUGAAACAUAUCAAAAGCCGUUAUAUAUUGAUGGAAAUAGAAAGUCGCUUUGUGAAGUCUCUUGCAAGACUGAUGCGGGAUAGGUCGAGGGAAUUACAAACUUAUGAAGGGAUUCAGUCCAAGUCUGAUGCGGCGAGUAGCGAUGAAGAAGCAGAUACAGGAAAGGAUGCUGAUGCUGGAGAAGUGAGAUUAAACAAAAGACAUUUGGAUGAUGCUGCAGAUUAUGAAGGAGAAGAAGAUGAAAAGAAUGUUAUUGAAGUGGAAGAGGAAAACGAACCGGCAUCAUCAGAUGUUGGAGAAGAAGAGGGAGAGUUGAACAGCGUAGAAAUGGAAAGUGAUGAAUGUUGGGAAGCUCCUGAUCAUGGAGGAACCAUUGUAGCAGAUCAAAUAAGAAUUCAGGCAGUAAUAUCUUCAUCAUCUAUCGUUUCCAACUAUAGAUUCGACAAUAAACAUAACAGAUGGUGUAUUAUUACAUUUAGACUACCAUUGAAUACAAAAACAAGGCUUGAUGUUGUUACUCUAGUUGAAAGGGAACUGGAAACAUUUGUUGUAUAUGGGACUCCUGGAGUGGAAAAAUGUAUUCAGAGGGAGGAGAACCAUAACAACAGAUCGUGUCAAAUUUUAGCCACACAAGGAAUCAAUGCUGAGGCAUUUUUUCGACAUUCUAAAGAAUUAGAUGUCAAUACUUUUUACACGAACGACCUUAAUCUUAUGUGGAAGAAUUACGGUGAAAUUGUAAGAGUAUUUCAGCCUUAUGGUAUUGAUGUAAAUAGACGACACUUGACACUGACGGCUGAUUAUAUGACUUUCACAGGGAGGAUUUUGCCUUUUACUCGCGGAGCGCUAAGCAGCGGGGUUUCUCCGCUCCAGAAAAUGACUUUUGAAACCACAGUGUCAUUUAUGCGCGAUGCUAUUGUCAAUGGAGACGAUGACUACCUCACUUCUCCGUCGGCUAAAAUUGUUGUUGGCAGGUUGUUACGUGGUGGGACUGGUGUUUUUGACCUUCUUGUGCCGAGCGAUUACUACCUUGGUGUAGAAGACAAGCCGGGAACUUUUGAUCAUUUUUAA